GACUUUGUUCCUGAUUCCCGUCGUAACUUAAAGGGAAACUUACACAAUGUCCGGAGCCCUUGAUGUCCUGCAGAUGAAGGAGGAGGAUGUCCUCAAAUUCCUUGCUGCAGGAACCCACUUAUGUGGCACCAACCUUGACUUUCAGAUGGAGCAGUACAUCUACAAAAGGAAAAGUGAUGGUAUCUACAUCAUAAAUCUGAAGAGGACCUGGGAGAAGCUGUUGCUUGCAGCCUGUGCUAUUGUUGCCAUUGAGAACCCUGCUGAUGUCAGAGUCAUCUCCUCCAGGAACACAGGACAGCAAGCUGUGCUGAAGUUUGCUGCCGCCAUUGGAGCCACUCCAAUAGCUGACUGCUUCACCCCUGGGACCUUCACUAACCAGAUCCAAGCAGCCUUCAGGGAGCUGCGGGUUCUAGUGGUGACUGAUCCCAGAGCUGACCACCAGCCCCUCACAGAGGCGUCUUAUGUCAACCUGCCCACCAUUGCUCUGUGUAACACAGACUCACCUCUGCACUAUGUGGACAUUGCCUUCCCAUUCAUCAAUAAGGGAGCGCACUCAGUGGGUCUGAUGUGGUGGAUGCUGGCCCGGGAAGUACUCUGCAUGCGUGGCACUAUCUCCCAUGAGAACCCAUGGGAAGUUAUGCCUGAUCUUUACUUCUACAGAGACCCAGAGGAGAUUGAGAAGGAGGAACAGGCCACUAAUGAAAAGGAUGUAACCAAGGAGGAAUUCCAGGGUGAAUGGACUGCACCAGGUCCUGAGUUCACUGCUGCUCAGCCAGAGGUGGCAGACUGCUCUGAGCGUGUACAGGUGCCCUCUGUACCCAUCCAGCAAUUCCCUACUGAAGACUGGAGUGCCCAGCCAGCCACUGAAGACUGGUCACCAAUGAUUAUCUACUUGUAA